AUUCUUAAAUGUAUCAUAUUCACGGAGUUUUUUACAGAAAUUCUGAAUAAAAUUUUUUACAGGGUUUACUCUUGUCCAAUGUUGAAGCUUAACAAAGACGUACUUAUCUUAAUAGCAGAAAAUUUGCAAGAUGACAUAACGUCGCUUUGUUCAUGUCUUUUGGUUAACAAAUCUUGGUGUGAGGCGACUGUGCCAAUAUUAUGGAAAAUUCCUGGACGAAUGAUUUUAACUAAAAAAGCAGAGGAUAAAUUAUUUAAUGUAAUACUUUUACAUUUAUCAAAAGACUCAAAAGAUAUUCUGAAAAAACAAGGGAUUGAUCUUUAUAUAGAAACUUAUCGACCAACUUCAUUUAAUUAUAUUAAUUUCUGGAGACAUUUAGAUUUACAACUUUUGGAAGAGACAUUUUCCAGAAAUUUAAAAAUUUUAGAAGUAUCAACCAGUUCUAUGAUAAAAAACGAAUUAUUAAAUUUAUUUAUCAAUAAAUAUACAAAAUUUAUUUCACUUCAUAUCCCAGAAAAUAUUAAUUAUUAUAAAUAUCGUAUUUCAUGGAAUGAACAAUGCUUUUCAGAUCUUAAAAAUUUAUGUUGUCAUGAAUUUCAUCAAAACAGUUUGGAAGGAUUAGCUACAAUAAGCAAAUCAAUUAAAAAACUCUUUUGUUGUAUUUCAAGGGAUAAUAAUGAUAUUUCUAGAAUUGUUAAAUUAAUUGAAGCUCAGAAAAACUUGAAUGAAAUCCAUAUGCUUUGUAAUAAUGAUGAAGCAUUGAAAACUAUUGAGGAAUUACUUAUUAAAAAAGCAGAUACCAUCCAACAUUUACGUUUAGACUGGGAACCUGUUACAAAAGUUCUUUCACAUUUAGUAAAUUUAAAAAUUCUAGAUAUGGAAACACCUUUCUUUUUUCGACGAUCUAAAAAUUAUGAAAACCCAAAUUUGAAUCAAUUGGAGGAAACAUCAUUACCUGCUUUAAAAAUCUUAAAAGCUAAUUUGUCCUCACAUAUAAACUUGAUAAGAUUAAUUGAAACCUCAAACGUACAACUUACUACAAUUAGUAUUCGUCAUGAUUCGUUAAAAGUAUUUGAUGAAAUUAGAAAACUUACACAAACAAUAUAUCAAAAUUGUCCAAAUCUUAGGU